UUGGUCUUGGUGUUAGGAGAUCUACAUAUCCCACAUCGGUGCAAUAGUUUGCCAGCAAAAUUCAAAAAAUUACUUGUGCCUGGCAAGAUCCAGCAUAUUUUAUGCACUGGGAAUCUCUGUACCAAGGAGAGCUAUGACUACCUCAAGACACUGGCCGGGGAUGUUCACAUCGUCAGAGGAGACUUUGAUGAGAACCUAAACUAUCCAGAACAAAAAGUGGUGACUGUUGGGCAGUUCAAAAUUGGCUUAAUACAUGGCCACCAGGUCAUUCCUUGGGGUGAUAUGGCUAGUCUGGCACUCUUGCAACGGCAACUUGAGUAGACAUAAUGGUUUCUGGACAUACACAUAAAUUUGAAGCUUUUGAGCAUGAAAACAAGUUUUAUAUUAACCCUGGAUCUGCAACAGGAGCCUACAGUGCUUUAGAAUGCAACAUUAUUCCUUCCUUUGUACUCAUGGAUAUCCAGGCAUCAACAGUAGUCACCUACGUGUACCAGCUAAUUGGGGAUGAUGUAAAAGUAGAGAGAAUCGAGUACAAGAAGUCCUGA